GGUUUAUUUAGCAGUUUUAUUUAAUUACCAAAUAAUUCUAGUUGUAUAUUAUUAGAUAUUAAAUAAAUAAGCAAGCAAGCAUGACUUCCCUACUAAUAAGUGCAAUUAAAAGGCUCCACAUCAAUGUGGCUCCGCAAAUUCGUAUAUUCUCUUCAGUGGCCUCUAAUGCUAUAUCUGUUCCAAACACAAAUGAUUCUUUGACUAUAACCCAAAAGGAUUGGAAAUUCCCACCACAAUACACAAAACCACGUGAAGUGUGGAUUGAAAACUUGGAUACGAUCGAAGAGAAAAAACUGGGGUUGUUUGAGUUACAUCCAACUGUAUAUGCCUCUAUGCCUAGGAUAGACGUUAUUCAUCGUAAUAUUGUGUGGCAGAGGAAGUAUAGGUGGGUGUCUUGGGCCCAUACGAAAACGAGAGCGGAAGUGAAAGGUGGUGGACGAAAGCCUUGGCCUCAGAAAGGAUUAGGCAGAGCCCGACAUGGGUCUAUUAGAUCUCCUUUAUUCAGAGGCGGCGGAGUAGUUCACGGUCCACGCUCGGGCAAAACUCAUUUCUUCAUGUUGCCAUUUCAUUUGAGAAUAUAUGGAUUAACAGCAACUCUGUCUGCAAAGUUAGCACAAGACGAUCUCCAUGUUGUGAGGGAUUUAGAAUUACCAUCAGAUGAACCUGAAUAUUUAGCACAGUUGAUUGAAAAGAGGAAUUGGGGACCUUCAGUGUUACUUGUUGAUGACACUGACUAUGCCCCACAAAAUGUAAUAGCAGCCACUGAUAGUCUGCCGCAUGUCAAUAUUAUACCUGUGUAUGGCCUGAAUGUAUACUCAAUGCUGAAACAUGAUACCCUAGUCCUUACUAUGAGAGCUGCAGAGAAAAUUGAAGAACGCAUUUUACAUCAUCUAAAUUCUAUUACUAGAGACAAAGAGGCUGCAUUUAAAUUAAGCCAAGUGUAGUUUUAUUUUAACUGUUGUGAAAAGAACACUGACCCCUCAAAAUUACAUGGGGAGGAAUGUUUAUUGAGGAAAAUCAGAAGAUACAUUAAAAAGCUAAUACAUAGAAAGCAGUAAAUAGUAUUUUAAAAUAUAUACACAAUAUAAUAAUAUGGCAAUUAUGUUUUUAUCCUGACCAUUUUUUAUCAUUUUCAUUUUAUC